AUCUCGUUCCUUUUCCUCUUCUUCUCUUCCUCUCCCAUCAACAACUUUGCUCCUUGCUUUCGUACUUGUGCACAUCCACCCACCCACGGUCCUUACCAGCAUUCACAAUGAAGCUUUCGCUCCUCGCCCUCUUCCUCGCCCCCCUCGCCGUUCUCGCGCAGGACGCUUCUGCCUCGGCCUCGGCCUCUGAGGCUCCCGCCGACGCCUCCGCCGCCGGCUCGGACGCCGCUACUGACGGUGCCGACGCUACCGCCGCCACCACUGCCGGUGUUGGCGCCAACGUCACUACCUCGCCCGCCGCCGGCGGUGCCGCCCCCAGCGCGACUGGCGGUGCCCUCAACUCGCACCUCCAGAUCUACUCGCCCUCGUCGACCAACUACUGGGUCGGCAACACCAACAACACCCUCGCCUGGACCGGCACUGGCCCCACCGCGUUCUCGGUCUGGCUCCUCAACUCGAACUCUUCGCUCCUCAAGGACACGGACAACGGCCAGGUCAUCAACGGUGCCCUCAAGCUCAAGACCUGGAUCAAGACCGGUGUCUCGACCUUCAACGUCUGGUCGACCCGCACCAACGCCGGCGGUGACGGCUUCACCAUCCAGCUCCGUGCCGUCAACGACUCGUCGGUCGUCUUCGCCACCUCGGAGCCCUUCACCAUCCGCCCCUGGAACUCGACCAACGUCCUCUCGAUCUCGCACGCCGCCGCUGCCACCGGCACUGGUGUCACCAUCUCGAACCCCGAGACCACUUCGCACUCCUCGACUGCCGCCGCCGCUGCCUCGUCGUCGCACAAGCCCUCUUCGGCCGGCAAGGUUGUCGCCUCGGUCGGUGCCGUCGCCUUCGCUGGCGCCGUCGCCCUCCUCAUCUAAGCGAGUUGCCCUAGCAGCACUGGCUAGGCUGCCUUGCCGCUUGGCCAGUAGCAUCUACCCAUAAGGCACUUUUAAUCCUCCAGUCUCUGCAGAGCCUGUUUUUCUCCUUUAUUUUGCCGAUGCACGCAGCAUGUUCGUUA